UUUCCGCUGCUUCCGCCCGCGGAGGCCGCCCCGCUCCUCCGCUGCCGCCGCCGCUGCCGCCGCCGCCGCCGCCGCCCGUCCCGGCCUCGGGCUGCUAUGGUCGGGCCAUGGCCGCGCGCAGCGCCGGUUAUGUCUUUGAGACCCUUAUUGAAACAUUAGAUGACAGUUCACAUAAGAAGUUCUUCAAUGUCCCUAAACUUGGAGGCACCAAGUAUGAUGCUCUGCCUUACUCCAUUCGGGUCCUACUGGAGGCUGCUGUGCGCAAUUGUGACGGCUUUUUAAUGAAGAAGGAAGAUGUCAUGAACAUCCUGGACUGGAGAACCAAACAAAGCAAUGUUGAAGUGCCCUUUUUCCCUGCCCGUGUUCUUCUUCAAGACUUCACUGGAAUCCCAGCAAUGGUAGAUUUUGCUGCUAUGAGGGAGGCGGUGAAAACUCUUGGAGGUGACCCUAAGAGAGUCCACCCUGCCUGUCCUACAGAUCUGACGGUUGAUCACUCCUUGCAGAUUGACAUCAGUAAAUGUGCAAUACAGAAUGCUCCCAAUCCUGGAGGUGGGGAGCUGCAGAGGGCAGGGAAGUUCCCGCCCCUCCCAGCACACCCCAAGAAGCUUCCCUGCAGAGGCCAGACCACCUGCCGGGGGCCCUGUGACUCUGGAGCAGUAGGCCGAGACUCUGGAAGAUUCUCUUCACAAAUUGAGAACACGCCCAUCCUCUGUCCAUUCCACUUGCAACCAGUGCCUGAACCUGAAACAGUGUUAAAAAACCAAGAAGCAGAAUUUGGCAGAAAUCGAGAAAGACUUCAGUUUUUUAAGUGGAGCUCACGCGUUUUUAAGAAUGUGGCUGUGAUCCCUCCUGGAACUGGAAUGGCUCAUCAAGUCAACUUAGAGUAUUUGUCUCGAGUUGUUUGUGACGAGAACAACUUCCUCUACCCAGACAGUGCUGUUGGCACAGACUCCCAUAUAACCAUGGUGAACGGUUUGGGAAUUCUGGGCUGGGGGGUUGGAGGCAUUGAGACGGAAGCAGUGAUGCUCGGCCUGCCCGUUUCUUUGACCUUACCGGAGGUGGUUGGCUGUGAGUUAACUGGCUCUUCAAACCUUUUUGUUACAUCCAUAGAUGUUGUUCUUGGCAUUACAAAGCACCUCAGGCAAGUAGGAGUGGCUGGAAAGUUUGUUGAAUUUUUUGGAAGUGGAGUUUCACAAUUAUCUAUGGUGGAUCGAACUACAAUAGCAAACAUGUGUCCAGAAUAUGGUGCUCUCCUCAGCUUUUUCCCUGUUGACAAUGUGACAGUAAAACAUUUAGAGCAUAUAGGCUUUGACAAAGCCAAACUCAAGUUAAUGGAAACAUACCUUAAAGCUGUGAAGUUGUUUCGAAGUGACCAGACUCCUUUAGGACAGCCCGAAUAUUCCCAGGUGAUCCAGAUUAAUCUGAAUUCAAUCAUCCCUUCUGUCAGUGGUCCCAAAAGACCUCAGGAUAGAGUUGCGGUGACAGAUAUGAAAAGUGAUUUCCAGGCCUGCCUGAAUGAGAAGGUUGGAUUUAAGGGCUUCCAAAUCGCAUCUGAAAAACAGAAUGACAUUGUUACCAUUGGUUACGAGGGAAGUGAGUAUACACUGGCGCACGGCUCAGUGGUCAUCGCCGCAGUGAUCAGCUGCACCAACAACUGUAACCCAUCGGCCAUGCUCGCUGCAGGUCUUCUGGCUAAGAAGGCUGUGGAAGCUGGACUGAGUGUGAAGCCUUACAUCAGGACCAGCCUGUCUCCAGGCAGCGGGAUGGCGACUCACUACCUCAGUGCCAGUGGAGUGCUGCCUUAUCUCAGUCAGCUUGGGUUUGAAGUCGUCGGCUAUGGGUGCUCUACGUGCGUGGGAAACACAGCGCCUUUGGCAGAAGCAGUUCUGAACGCAGUGAAGCAGGGCGAUUUAGUUACUUGUGGAGUUUUAUCAGGAAACAAGAACUUUGAAGGUCGCCUCUGCGACUGUGUCCGUGCCAGUUACCUCGCCUCCCCUCCCCUCGUGGUUGCGUACGCCAUCGCAGGCACGGUGAAUAUAGAUUUCCAGAAGGAACCAUUAGGUACGGACUCUGCCGGCAAGAACAUUUACCUGCAUGAUAUUUGGCCCAGACGAGAAGAGAUUCAUCAGAUUGAGGAAGAACAUGUUAUAUUUUCUAUGUUUAAAGCACUGAAAGAGAAAAUAGAGAUGGGAAAUAAGCGAUGGAAUUCCUUAGAAGCACCAGAUUCAGUCUUAUUCCCAUGGGAAGCGAAGUCUACUUACAUCCGAUGUCCUUCCUUUUUUGAUAAGCUUACCAAAGAGCCCGCUGCCCUGCAGCCUAUCGAGGAUGCCCACGUCUUACUCUACCUGGGAGACUCGGUCACCACAGAUCACAUAUCCCCUGCCGGGAGCAUCGCUCGGAGCAGUGCCGCCGCCAAGUACCUGACGCACCGGGGCCUUAGCCCUCGUGAGUUCAACUCCUAUGGAGCCCGGAGAGGGAACGAUGCCGUGAUGACAAGGGGCACCUUUGCCAAUAUCAAGCUCGUCAAUAAGUUUAUCGGAAAACCAGCCCCCAAAACAGUUCACUUCCCAUCAGGACAGAAGCUGGACGUGUUUGAGGCCGCAGAGCUGUACCAGAAGGAAGGUAUCCCGCUCAUCAUCCUUGCGGGCAAGAAGUACGGCUCAGGGAACUCUCGAGACUGGGCUGCCAAGGGGCCCUAUUUGCUGGGUGUGAAAGCCGUUCUGGCCGAAAGCUAUGAAAAAAUCCAUAAAGAUCAUUUGAUUGGAGUUGGAAUCGCGCCACUGCAGUUCCUUCCAGGAGAGAGUGCAGAUUCUUUGGGCCUGUCUGGUAGAGAGACAUUUUCUUUCACGUUUCCUGAAGACUUGUGUCCUGGAGUCACGGUGUCUGUGAAGACCAGUACCGGCAAAGCGUUCAGAGUCAUCGCUGCAUUUGAAAAUGAUGUGGAAAUAACUUUGUUCCAACACGGAGGAUUAUUAAACUUUGUAGCGCGAAAAUUCUUAUAGUAUCCACUCACAGAAAUGGUCAUCGCCAAAGCUUCCAUGCUGGAUGGGCCCGGGAGUCCUUCCCGGGGAACCACGGUGGGCCCUGCAGCCUGCUCAGUCGCCGCAUCCAUGGCGCAGUGGGGAGGAAGCUGAGUCUUGUUGACCUUAAAUAAUACACACGGUGCUAUUUUCAUUGCUAAAAAUCAAUGUGUGAAGUGUGGAGAGGCCUGUAAGCACUUGGGUGGGUGUGCAAUCCGAUCCUUGUCAGUAACGGGACGCUUCUUCUCUGAAUGACCUUCCUGAAGUUGUCACUUCUGAACCUAUGACUGUUCACUGCUGUUUGUUGGUUUAAGAGGAGCCUGUUGCCCUUGAUGGUGCCCAGGCAGAAUGAGAUCAUGAACAUCGGAGUUUUCUUGGAUGUUUUAGGUGACGUUCUCAGUUGGUAAACCAAGGCAGGCUUACAAUCUGUCUCCCAAGAACUGCAGAGUGCACAUAGUCACCACCAGAUACUGCAUGGUCAGUGUAUAAUCCAGCCAAAGGCUCUGCACAGCUGCGGGUGCAGCACUGUGGGUGUGCUGGCUGAGGCUGCUCCUGGAAGUGAGUGUCUCACUGGCUCAGCCUGUCUUUAGUCUGUCAGUUGCUCUCCUCCCCCUGUGCACUCUUUGGCCGGCUCUGAGUGAUGUUUUAGACAGCUUGCCUUGCCUGACUCUGAGGUUCUAGCCAGAAAUGCUCGGGACCACUCAUCAAAACCCUAGAUUUCCAUUUGCUGAUGAGAACAUGAUUUGAAUCAUGAAACAGUAAAAUGAGUUCUUUGAGUAUUUUAAAUCAUCCAGAGUCAACUGUACAAUCACUCUUAGCCCUGACCCUUGUUUAAAAUGUGGUCUUGUCCUAAUGAUUUCAUUUGAUUUCCUACAAGGCUGAAUCAUGAAUUUAUCUGAGAUCUGUGUUCGUAAUAAAAUACUGAUUCUGUUGAAACCAGAGCAAGCUUGCUCUGGGGAUCAGAUACCGAUGUGAUUGCUGUAAGAGUCCCAAAAGGUCGUGUCAAUGAUUGUGUAGACCUCUUCCAUGUUCUUGCUAAACCAAGCUUAGCAUGCCAAAGGCUCAUCAUCGCAGUGGUUUUUCACCCAAAAUCUUUCUUUGACCUAUUUAAAUCAUUGCAAUUCAGAAGUCUCUCCUGUUGCAUAGGGUGAUGCGUGAUUUGUUUUAUGCCCAACAUUCAAAACUACAAUAAGGUGAAGAAUGAGGAUUUUGCACAUUCCGAGUCAGCAACGUGGAAACAAGCAGAGUGAUGUGUUUUGGUCUGAGCAGAAGAUUUCCCUUUAUAGCUUUAGAGAUUGCUUUUGUCUUUCAAAUGUGUUUGCUAGUUUAUCAUGCCAUGUAUCUGUUCAUGCAGAUGUUUUUCAUGUGUGUGUAAAUGUGGAUCAGCGAUGGGGAAUUUCAGGUUUGAAGCAGAAGUGCUCAUUCCAGCUCUCCCGUGCCUAUGGGGAAUCAUGUUAUUUUUAAGCCUAUUAUAAUAAAUGUUUCUAUUCAUAGCCCUUGGCACAGACAGACUAGUUUAGAGCUUGCUAGUAGCUUGCUAGUAGCAAAUGGAGCAAUUGUGUUUCCUGCCUUUUCAGUCUAGUGGUAGACAAAUCUAGAAAACCAGGUUCUCCAUCUCUUACUGAGACACCAGCCCUUAAGCCUUGAGAAGCAUGCCCCCACCCAGGAGACUCUGGGGGUGGGGGGCAUCCAUAUCUAAAAAGAAAAUUAAUGCUGGUGAAGCAUUAAAAUACUGAUGCGUGACCCCAUCCACCGCCCUGUGACAUCUGUGGCACCUGCUGUCCAGCCUCUGGGUCGCCUUGCUGUUGGGAAUUCUCCAGGUCAUAGUUGUCACCAAUACCUGGUUUUAUCUCUGAAGCUGAGAGGGAACUCUCAGAAUCUCUUCAGCGUUUCACUGGGCAUCCAGCGACCCUGGUACUACAGGGCAAGAAAGGGGGCUGUAGACUGGCACCCGUCAGUGUCUCGAGGGGAGAUGAUUUGAUUCCCCUUUUCUCUGGCUCCAGAGAAAGACCCCUCUCUGCCUUUAGAUCUUGGAGGAGUGACCGAGGUACCACAGCGAACCCUUAGUGUGACUGAGGCCCAGGGACAGGGGUUCUGCAGUCAUUGGCUUUUCUCCCUAAGGGUGCCAAGGACUUGGUCAGCUUUGCAAAUGAUCUUUGUGAAGGUCGUGUCUUCCGUCAUUACAAAUCAUCCUCCAUUCUCUUAAGCCAACAAAACAGCGUAGCAGCAGUUUUCAGUUCAGUGAUGUUAAGUAAGGUAUAGUGAUCUACAGGAGGUAAAGUUCAGCUGGCCAUUGUGUACAUGUUACCGAUGCUGUAAAUUAUUUUUAAUAAAGAAAAUGGAUUAUCGCA